AUGGACGAGGAAAUUCUCAAUGGAACGGAACGAAUCUUUCCCGUUGCCGACGGGGAGGUCACUCUCAUUCCAACUCCCACGUCGUCCAAAGACGACCCACUGAACUGGAGUCCAUGGAGACGGUAUUGGCACGCCUUUCUGGUGCUCGUCAUCGUCGCCUUCACGGCCGCGACCUCGAACGAUGCUGGUACCGCUGGCAAUGGCAUGAACGCGGAGCUGGGCAUUUCCUGGGAUGCGAUCAACAUUGCCGCCGGUGUCUUGUUUGUCGGCAUCGGGUACUGCACUCUACUGCUAAGCCCCGCGCCGUUUUUAUACGGUCGUCGCAUCUCCUACCUGCUGUGUCUGUUGUUUUCUCUCGGUGGAUCCAUCUGGCUCUCGCGCGUGCAGACUACCCAGGACAAUAUCUGGAAUCAACUUUUCGUGGGCGCGUCCGAGUCAUGCGCCGAGGCCCUCGCCCAGCUGUCGCUGUCGGACCUCUUCUUCCAGCACAGACGAGGCCUCGUGCUUGGUCUCUAUGUGCUUGCAACUAGUAUCGGUACCUUCACCGGACCACUGAUCGCGGGGUUCAUCGUCGACAGCCCUGUUCUGGGAUGGCGGUGGGUUGGAUGGCUGGGCGCAAUCAUCUCGGCGGCCCUGUUUAUUACCGUGUUUUUCACAUUAGAAGAGACUGCUUUCGACCGCCACACUAUUCAAGGUCUCGAAAUGCCUCGACGGAACACGCCCCCAGCUGUAUCGAACAUCUCGCUGGACGAGAAAGACAAAGACAUGACGAAGGUGCGGACUACUUCUCGUGGCAAUAGUGUCGACGAGGAGAAUCCCGAUCAGCCGAAAGGAAAGACCUAUUUCCAGAGCAUCGCUCUGAUCACUCCUUCCUCGCGCCUGGUUGGCACGGGCUUUCAACAAUACUACUAUCGCUUGUGGCAUACCCUUCGUGUGUUCAGUUUCCCGGCAGUCCUCUACUCCGGCCUCCAGUGGGGAGCUCAAGAUGCAUGGCUCACAUUCUACCUUACCGUCGAAGAGGAUAAUUACUACGAAGCACCCUGGAACUACACUGAUGCUGCUGUGGGCAUUAUGAACGUCCCCACCCUGAUCGGCGCCUGUAUCGGCUGUAUCUACGGUGGAUGGUUCUCCGAUCUCUUCGUCGCGUGGAUGGCCAAGCGCAACGGCGGAAUCUUCGAAGCCGAACAGCGUCUCUGGCUGAUGUUCCCCGUCGCCCUCAUUGGGCCCGCUGGACUGAUGCUCUUCGGCAUCGGCUCUGAUCUCGGCUGGGACUGGCACAAGACCUACGUUGGACUCGGGUUCAUCGGCUUCGGUUGGGGCUGUGCUGGCGAUCUUAGCAUGGCCUACCUUAUGGAUGCGUAUCCCGAGAUGGUUCUUGAAGGUAUGGUCGGUGUCUCUGUCAUCAACAACACCAUUGGUUGCAUCUUCACCUUCUCAGCUGGGUACUGGCUGGAUGCGCAGACACUGUCUCAGGUCUAUAUUGCUCUUGGUGUCUUGAGCUUUGUCUUCUUGAUGACCACCGCCCCGAUGAUCUACUGGGGCAAGGCUUGUCGCAAGAUGACUCGGAAGCGCUACGAGAACUUCCUUCAAAUACGCGAUGGCCACCUCUAG